UCUUUAGAACAACCUCUGGUUGGCAGUCUGUCUGCUGAUCAGACUAUGUGAUGAUCUCAAACUAGUCAAAGCUUACUACAACAACAGGCUGUCAGAUGUGUGCCACCAAGUAGCAAAGUGGAUCGCAGGCCAUGAAGGACUUGACUUGCAAUGUGGACAUCCUGGCAGUAUUGCCAUGGGGAAAGUACUUUCUCAGCUGCCUUUGGUAAAGGCAAAAGAAGUCUUGGAAACCAUUUUGUCUGCUGCUCUUACUGGUAACCGGAUGCCUGAAGAAAGGAUUAAGAUUGUCCUUCAAGCAAAGACAGUUGUAAGUGAACUUGAAAAUAACAGGGAGCUGAUAGGUAAGGUCUUGGUGUACAUGGCUAGAGUGGGCAAGUGCAUGGAAGUACAAGAGGAGUUGAUGAAAGAGAAACAGGAUGGUACGUUACGAAUUCGGCCAUCAAAAGCAGUGUCGCAGAUUGGUGAUGAUGACUUCUUGGACAUCAUGAAAGCCUUGGUGGAAAGUGUGAAGAACCUGUGGGGAGCUGAUCAACUGCAAGCUACACAGUAUAUUGAGAAUGAGAUCUUCACGUGCUGCAUACAUGGAUUGGUUUGGAAUGACAAGGUCCAACAUAGUCUGAGCUUCAUAGCCUGGUUCCUGGAUUUAUUGUGUGCAAGGAAGAUGGAAGAGCCAAGUGACUCACUAACGAAGAAUCUUGAACACAUGGCCAAAAACUUGAGGAAGGCUGUGGACAAGAGACAUACUGAAAGUAUAGCUACUAGAAUAGAGGGAAAGGAAGGCAAAGCCGUGGCUGCCUGUAUCCUGUCACUACCUGGUUUCAAGGGCAGCGGCUAUACUUAUCAGCAGAGGAUGAAGAACAUUCUUAAUACUUUUAAGCAAAACAAGUGGCUGCUGACAUUCCUGUUGAAUCAGCCGGACGGCCCCAAGGGUACAGUUGUGGCUGACUGGAUCUGGGAGAACGGUCCUGAGAUACUGGACAAGCUGACUGAGGAGGCAACAACAAGGCUGGUGUCAUCUGUGGAAAAGGGGAGUGGCUACAACAUCUUAAAAGGGUUGGUGAAAUCAUCAGGUAACAAAGGCAUUGAAAAGAAAAGGAGGAUCGUGCAGUUUGCCCAGUGCCUGCUCAACCAACUCCAAAAGUAUGACAGAAUGUCCAAUGAUAUCCUAGCAUACAUCAUAACAAAGGUUGACCCCAUCAUCAGGUCUAUGGAUGAUCCAUCAGCAAAGGCUUCCCUGCAGCAGCUGUAUCAGAAAAACUUUGAGUUCUGCCCCACAAUGAAGAGUUUGGAGGAACUCAAGAAAGUGUGCAGCCCUGAAGAAUGGUUAGACAAGAAGGACUCGUGCCUUGUUUAUUACAUCAAUGACAUCAAAAGUCUCCCCACCUGCCUGACGUGCCUUGUCCUGUUGAUGAAGAGUGGCAGUGACCACAUCACAGAGCUGCUGUCGCUGCCUGUCACCAGGGAAACCUGCAACAGCUUUAGCAGCGGUCCAGAUUCCUUCAGCCCUGCCUGUCCUGCAGUAAUUAAGAAGAUAGCAGCAGUUCUGAAGGAGAUCCCCAGUGCUGAAGCAACACAGUUCCUCGAGAAGGCCAAGAGCUGGCUAGUGGCUGAAAGCUGGAGUAGUUUACUCUGUGCGGGAAGGCCUUGUAGAAAUAAGGUUCAGCCAUCCAUGGACGUCCUGUGGAAGGUGAUAGCAGAGAUCUCGCCACAAGAACUCGUUAACAUCCUGAGGGCUGCUAUGAAGGCUGUGGAGAGAAAAUUUAACGUUAUCACCGUGACCCACUUUAUGCGUAGUGCGUAUGUCACCUGGCUGUUGCGUGUCAAGGAUGCCUUCCGACUGGCAAAUCAGCUGGUUCAAUUCGGCCGAAAUCUCAACGGGACCUUGCGGGUGCUAAAAAGGAAGAAGCCUCUCACACAUGAGGUCAAGGCCAGUGGACUGCUUCUGAACCUCCCAGACAAGGAGAACCCACUGAAGCAGAGUCCGGCCAUGCAGAAUGCCAAGAAGGGGAAUGGGGCUAGCCCUAACGUUACCAAAGCUCUCAAAACCCUCAACAUUUCCAACAAAGGAUCUGGAACAAACAAGGAUGACGCAGCAACUAGGCUGAUGAAAGAACUGAUCACAAAAAAAUCCUCUCCUGGGGCAGAUAGAUGUGGAAUUAAGCACCCAGCCACUUGUGUAUCUGCAAAUGCAACCCCCAUGGAGUUGGCAGAUAGUGGUAAUUCGGUAAAGAAGGCCAGCAGACACUUUCUCAGUGCAACAAGUGUCCAAUCUACCGGAAAAUCUGCCAACAAAUACAGCUAUCAAACACGAAGCAAAGACAAAAGUACUGCGCAGAGUACAGGUUCAUGUGCCUUAGCAAAGACAGCACUUACGUCUUCACCACUUUCUACUGCACAGAGUACAGGUUCAUGUGCCUUAGCAAAGACAGCACUUACGUCUUCACCACUUUCUACUGCACAGAGUACAGGUUCAUGUGCCUUAGCAAAGACAGCACUUACGUCUUCACCACUUUCUACACAAGCUCCAGCUGCAGGGACGAACAGCAGUGCAUUGUCUGCUUCUGCCGGCAGCACUGGAGGAGACCAAAAGGGUGGCAACACUGGCGGAGACCAAACGGGUGGCAACACUGGAGGAGACCAAAAGGGUGGCAACACUGGAGGAGACCAAAAGGGUGGCAACACUGGAGGAGACCAAAAGGGUGGCAACACUGGAGGAGGCCAAAAGGGUGGCAACACUGGAGGAGACCAAAAGGGUGGCAACACUGGAGGAGACCAAAAGGGUGGCAACACUGGAGGAGGCCAAAAGGGUGGCAACACUGGAGGAGGCCAAAAGGGUGGCAACACUGGAGGAGACCAAAAGGGUGGCAACACUGGAGGAGGCCAAAAGGGUGGCAACACUGGAGGAGGCCAAAAGGGUGGCAACACUGGAGGAGACCAAAAGGGUGGUAGCACUGGAGGAGACCAAAAGGGUGGCAACACUGGAGGAGGCCAAAAGGGUGGCAACACUGGAGGAGACCAAAAGGGUGGUAGCACUGGAGGAGGCCAAAAGGGAGGUAACACUGGAGGAGGCCAAAAGGGUGGCAACACUGGAGGAGACCAAAAGGGUGGCAACACUGGAGGAGGCCAAAAGGGUGGCAACACUGGAGGAGGCCAAAAGGGAGGUAACACUGGAGGAGAUCAAAAGGGAGGUUCGCCUGAGUUGACGAACAUUGGAUCAAAGAUCCUGGAACUGACCAAGACUACAGGAGUAGAUGGAGCCUUUCAGCUCAUCAUUGGCAGGAUGACAGGGAAGGUGGCCUCUUCCUCACCGCUGGCAGAAGACAUUGUCUCCAAGCUCCUUAAACUGAAGGGACCCAUCAACCUUAAGAUAGGCAACAAUAGACUGGUGAUCAAUGCACAACUAGCAGCAACUUCAGCUGUAAUCCCAAAUGUGCCACCACCCCAGCCUGCCCAGACAAUGCCAAACCCGAGAAGUGUGACGACUGUGCCGUACGUUGAUCCAACAACUCCUAACAUCUCCCAGUCAGCCCCACAGCAUAUGUAUGGGCCGACUGGUCCAAACCUUGCUCUGCGCCCCAUUUUACCUCGGGCACCAGCUACAGGUUCUGUCUCCACGUAUGUACCAGGUGCCAUGCCUACUGUUCCACAUGCUGGGAGCUUUACUAUGCCAGUAGUACCUACAUGUAGUGUAGCAGUACAACCAACCACCCAUUCUACACCAGUUACUGGUGCCAUAUCCAGUGCCUCAAGUUCAUCCACCACAAACAUCCAGCCAACAAUGGGGGCCCAUGGCCAACAACACCACCACUAAGCUGGAAACUGUCAAGCCUUCAACACACAAGGACCAAGUGCAACAUUCGCAGGGGAUAUUCUAAGGCAGUUCAUAUCCAGAAUUGACAUUGACAAGGGUGCAGCUUCAAGGGUGGUCGGCAAACCAGCAGAGUCACCAACAUCAGACCAAGUGUCAUCUAUAGCACCUAUGGAAGUAGAUUUGAUAAACUAAAGUGGAUCAAACACAAACAAGACUACUGAUGAAGUUAUGUUGCACGUUGCAAAAAGAUGGACCUGAAGAACGAUGCAUCCCCUCAUGCUAGGCCCUCUUAUAAUCAGUCAAACUACAAUUAUGAUGUACCCACCUUUGAUCCAUACUUCUUGCUACAUAAUUGCUGAAUGCUGACAAAACAUCAAACCAUCAAAUACUCCCCCUCCUGUUGUGGAUAGGAGAGUUGUCGGUCUAUGAUAUAAUGUCUUCAAUGUAGCUGUCAAUCAGAUUUGCUGGUCACAGCUGCCUUGCGCUAAUGUGGCAAGAAGCAAGAAAUGCAGGUUGAUAUGCCCGUGUCAUUGCUUCACGUAUGCAAGCAGUUGGCCAGGCGUGAAAGCAUGGUUUUAUUGUGUAGAACUGUGUGCCAUCUAUCAUGACUACCGGAAUGUAGAAUGUAUUAACAUGUUUAAUAAGUACUUUUCUAACAGCUUAGAGUUUUACUGUUACCUACUGUAUGUUGUAGACUUCAUUGUAGUCUAUGUAGACUUCACUAAGGGUUUGUUUUGUUUUGUUCAUUUACCUUUGGGUACUUAGGAAUUAGAAUUGUACUAAAACUUUAUCCCACAGAGUCAACAAGUAACUAAGCAGUUUACACUUCCUAUGUUCACAUGUUCAUGCACAUGCUGGUCCCAACAAGUUAUAAGUAACUUGUUUAUCUGUCAUA